CUGAAUUUAAAAAAUACAAUGCGCGGGAAGGGGAAGUCCAACAGCUGCGCUUGAUUGACUGAUACCGGGGACACUGAGCCGGGAGUUUCGGGCCCGGAGCGGAGAGUGGUCGAGGCAGAAGCGGCCCGGAUAUGAUGAAGCCGACCAGAAACAGACCUCCAUGGAGACCGCCUCCCAAAAAACCAAACACCGGUCAGAAGGAGCCAGUUGGAGUUUACUGUAGGGUGCGACCUCUUAGCCCCCCAGACCAGGAAUGCUGCAUUGAGGUGAUCAAUGAGACCACUGUACAGCUGCACCCUCCAGAUGGCUGUAAAGUCACCAGGAAUGGAGAAUAUAAAGAGACACAGUAUUCCUUUAAACAAGUAUUUGGUGUGCUAGUAACACAGAAAGAUCUAUUUGAUGAUGUUGCUAAGCCAUUGGUGGAAGAUCUCAUUCGUGGUAAAAAUGGCUUGCUCUUUACUUACGGUGUGACUGGCAGUGGCAAGACUUACACAAUGACUGGAUCUCCUGGGCAAGGAGGACUUCUACCUCGAUGUCUCAACAUGAUCUUUAACAGCAUCAGCCCCUUCCAGGCCAAGAGAUAUGUUUUUAAGACUGAUGAUAGGAAUGGUAUAGAGGUACAGAAUGAGGUAGAUGCUUUAUUAGAGCGGCAGAAGAGAGAAGCGCAGCCACAGGUCAUCUCCAGGACUCCUCUCAGCAGGCAGAGGGUGGAACCUGAAUUUGCAGAUAUGAUCAACAUUGAAGAUCACUGCAAAGUGGAUGAUGUGGAUGAAGACAGCGUGUACAGUGUCUUUGUGUCCUACAUAGAGAUCUACAAUAAUUACAUCUAUGAUCUUCUGGAGGAGGUGUCUAUAGAUCCUAUUAAACCAAAGUGGAACACGCCGGGAAAGAAUGCUGAGUUUAUACCGCCGCAAUCGAAGAUCUUGCGUGAGGACCAGAACCACAACAUGUAUAUUGCGGGUUGCACAGAAGUUGAAGUCAAAACCACAGAAGAGGCCUUUGAUGUAUUUUGGCGAGGUCAGAAGAGGAGGAGAAUUGCCAACACGCAGCUGAACCGCGAGUCCAGCCGAUCCCACAGUGUAUUCAUGAUCAAACUGGCCCAGGCCCCACUUGAUGCAGAUGGUGAUAAUGUUCUACAGGAAAAGGAGCAAGUCACAGUGAGCCAGCUCUCCCUUGUAGAUUUGGCAGGAAGUGAGAGAACAAACCGCACAAAGGCCGAGGGCAACAGGCUACGGGAAGCAGGAAACAUCAACCAGUCAUUGAUGACUUUACGGACGUGUAUAGAAAUUCUACGAGAGAACCAGAUGUGCGGUACUAAUAAGAUGGUGCCUUACAGAGACUCCAAAUUAACUCACCUUUUCAAGAACUACUUUGAUGGAGAAGGGAAGGUGCGAAUGAUUGUAUGCGUUAACCCCAAGGCUGAUGAUCAUGAGGAGAGUCUGCAAGUUAUGCGGUUUGCAGAGAUGACUCAGGAAGUUGAGGUUGCACGACCUGUGGACAAACCAAUUUGCGGCCUCACUCCUGGGCGCCGCUACAGGAACCAAGCUUUCAAAGAGGAACUUACUCGUAGAUUGGAGGAUCGUGGUGGCCCUGUAAAUGGAGAGUCCGAUGAUCAGGUAGUGAUGGAGAUGCUUAUUCAAAGUUUCCCUCCCAUUCCAUCCUGCGAGCUGCUGGAUGCCAAUGAUGAUCAGACUCUUCCAAGGCUUAUUGAUGCUCUGGAGAAACGACGCAGGAUCCGCCAGAUGAUGGCUGAAGAGUUCAAUAAUAAUGUCACCUCAUUCAGAGCCAUGCUGCAAGACCUUAAUGGAUUAGUAAGCGCCAAAGAGACCAUUGCCCAGGGUAAGAUGUCUGAGAAGGAGAGGACAAUAAUGUCUCAGAAGUCUGAAAUGGAGCGAAUGGAGAAGAAAAUCAAAACUCUUGAGUACAAGAUUGAUAUCCUGGAGAAGACGACAAAUAUUUAUGAGGAGGAGAAGCGCACGUUGCAGCAUGACCUGGAGAACCAGAAUCAAAAGCUGCAGCGGCAGCUGUCGGACAAAAGGCGUCUUGAGGCGCGGUUGCAGGGCGCAGUGAAUGAGAACGCCAUGAAGUGGGAGAAGGAAUGUGAGAGGCGCGUGGCUGCCAAACAGAUAGAGAUGCAAAACAAGCUGUGGGUGAAAGAUGAGAAGCUAAAACAGCUUAAAGCUAUUGUAACAGAGACCAAAGGCGAGAGGCCACAGAGACCAUCUAGAGAAAAGGACCGGGAACGUGAGCCGAAGGUUCCCAUCAGAUCAAUCUCUCCAUCUCCUGUACCUUUCCCUGGUAACCCUGUUUCCCAGACACCCCACAGCACUCACACCCCUGCUGUGCUUCAACUGCACAGGCGUUCAAACUCCUGCAGCAGCCUUUCCGUGGCCUCCUGCGUUUCACACUGGGAGCAGAAAACACCACAGCGCAACCCAGAGAGCAGGAUGGGUCCCCACCGCAAGCGCUGGGGGCCAGAGGCAGCUAGGAAGUUUAAUACAGGAGAGCCAGGUUAUCAUGAAUCCAACGUACAGACAGAGCUAGAAGAGUUUCAGCAUCUCAGGACUGUUCCCCCGGUGCAUGCCAGGCAUCGGCGCUCCCGCUCGGCAGGGGCAGAGAGAUGGGUAGACCAUAAGCCGCCUGGUAAUGUGGAGACGGAUACAGUCAUGCAGCCUCAGGUCCCCAACGCCAUCAAAGUAGUGGUUGCCAGCGAAAAGGCGCUGGCAAAGUGUGACAAGUACAUGCUGACACACCAGCAGCUGGCCUCGGAUGGGGAGAUUGAGACUAAACUUAUUAAGGGCGAUGUGUUCCGGACUCGAGGUGGCGGUCAGUCUGUUCAGUUCACGGACAUGGAAACACUGCGGCAAGGAUCCCCACCAGGUAGUAGCCGCAAGCGUAGAUCCUCAGAGUCUAAUCAGCAUCCACAGGCCGAGUCAACAGCAGAUUGGACAGACGUUGAAACCAGAUGUUCUGUUGCUGUGGAAAUGAGACCUGGAUCCAACUUGGGGCCUAGUUACCAACAUCAUGCUAUUCCGAAGCGGAGAAAACCUUAAACAGUCUUCAAACUCUGAUCCUGGUCACUGUUUAUCUCCAAGACUUGUGUUUAAUAUAUGUACAUAAAACACAGAACACUGUUUAAACGUGCCAGCCCAUCUGUGUGAAGGACUCCAAUCUGUUACGCUGCCUGCCCACCCAUUCGUUUUAUAUCUGGCAGGCUUUAUAAAUUCUUUUACACUGUCUUGUGUGUGUUUUAUGCAUCCUUUCAUAUGGUCCAAUGAGUUAUCCUAGCACCAGUUGCUUUGGUGUAUUGACUGUAUCUUUCUUUCUAAAUUGACUAUGAAAGGGUUUUUUAUUAUGUUGGGUUUUUUGUUUUUGUUUUGGUUCUUUGUUUAUACUGUCUAGAGGAAAAAAAAACUGCUGCUAUUCUAUUAGGUAGCGAUAAUGCACUUUACCAAAGCUUUUCAUCCUGAAAUACUUUAUUUAAUCUUCCCCCAAUUAUUGUACAGGAUGUGACUGUAUAGACAUUUACUAACCUCAGUGAGUGCCAAGCACCAGUUUGCAGUGUACAGGCUGGUUUUAAGGGCUUUAAUAAACUUUCAAAAGCUGUCAAGAUA